CCUUAAUCCGAUCAUUAUCUCAGUGGACUCCUCUUCUGUCACCAUGUCGUUCCUGGACACUCUGCGUCAGUGGGACGAGGCUGUGACCUGCGUGGACAGGGGGGAUCUCUCAGAAGCACUCAGGAUCUUCCUCUCUAUCCAAGAUCCAAACUCCAAAAUCUGUUUUGACAUCGGCUGUCUGCAUCUUCUUAAACAAGAGCUGGAGGCUGCAGAAAAGGCCUUCGAUUGCAGCAUUCGCAAAGACGAACAUCUGGCUGUGGCCUUCUUCCAAAGAGGAAUCACCUUUUACAGAAAAGAGAGGUUUGAGGAGAGUUUAGGGGAUUUCAAGCGCGCCUUCAAAGCCCUGAGAGGAAACCAGCUAAUUGAUUAUAAAGCUCUCGGUCUCCAGUAUAAGUUAUACGCAUGUGAGGUUCUUCACAACAUGGCGCUCUCUGAGGCUCAGCUGGGAAACUGGGAGAAAGCUCAGGAGAACCUCGUGAAAGCUCUCGACUUCAAGACAGAGAACAAGCUCAACGCCAUCGACAGAGCGCUGCAAUCCACGCUGAAACAGAAACUCUUCAAACUGGUGGAGUUCCCGUCUAAAGUUCUCUUCAAGCCGAACAAAAAUUACGUGGCCGAGCUGGAGAAGAAGGACUACCUGGGCAAAGCAAAGGUUGUUGCCUCUGUGGUUCCUCAGGACAUCUUCUCUGGGUUUGCACCGCUACAGCCUCAGGUGGAAGAUAAUCCAGUACGUCCGAAGGAACCUGAAAUCCUGAGGGCUUUAGAGGGAGAACCUCACACCGUCCUGUUUGAGUUUGUUCCUGAGACCAGCGACGAGCUCGCCGUCGUGCCGGGGAACAUCGUGUUCGUGCUGCAGAAAGGUGCCGACAACUGGGCGUCUGUGGUCUUCAAUGAAAGAAGGGGACUCGUGCCGUACAACUACCUGGAGCGUUUGGAGAUCUCAUUAGCUUCUAAGCAGAACGAGGGCCUUUCUGCUCCUCCAACUCGAGAACCCCCUACCAGACCUGAGAGGAAAUCAGAUGUUACUCUGAGUGAUAACAACAACAGUGAAGAGACACAAACAAAGGACGCCCGGCCUGCAGAAGACUCAUUGAUCGUCAAAGUCCACUUCACGUUCACCUUCGCCGUCUCGGUUCCUGCUGGGUCUACUUACGCAGUCCUGAUCGAGAAGAUCAGCAGGAAAGUUAACCUCCCGUCUGACAGAAUCAUGCUGAGUUUAACUGCCGAGGCCAAAGACUUGAGUGUGAUCGACGCAGACACAGACAUGGCGAGUGUGUGGAGCCGUGCAGGAGGAGGACGCAUCACCGUGUGGUGUCACGCCAAAGAGGAGACUGAUGGAGCGCCUCAGAAAGAGAUUCACUUUGUGGCUCUUCACUCGUACGAGUCUUUGAAUCCAGAAGAUCUCAGCUUUCAUCAAGGAGACACAAUCACACUUCUCUCUCUCGUGAACCAGGAUUGGUUGGAGGGUCAGUGUAACGGGAACACUGGAAUCUUUCCUGCAGCCUUUGUGGAAGAAGUUCCUCCCAGUGUUUAGUAGUUUUAAUCAAUUCAUCAAAGCAGAAAAGAUCCAAAGUUGAAGAGGACAGGAACCCCCAACCAAAAACCUCUAAAGGUCUCAUAUUCUCCUCCUCUUCAGUGUAAAUAAGUCUCAGAGCUCCUCAAAACAUGUGUGUUGUUUCUUGUUCU